GUGAGGGAUGGCUCUCACCCGGGGCGUCCCCCGGCCGCUGCCUCUGCCGCUGCUGCUCGUCUGUCUGCUGGUUCCUCAGCUGGCGACUCUCGCCGCCGCUCAGUCACCUGCAGAGUCCUCCCGCGGUCAGAUUCUGAGCACCAGUGAGCGGCAGCGGCUGUGUGAGGACUCGGAGGACGGGUCCUCCCGGAGCCGCCGGAGCUCCGAGUGGUCGCGGGAGCAGCAGGUGGCCGCCGGAGCCGCCGAGGAGGGGUCGGUCGGCCCCGGAGGGUGCCCCAGGACCUGGGACGGCGCGCUCUGCUGGCCACCCACCGGCGCCGGCACCAACCGCAGCGUGGCCUGCUUCCACGAGUUCCGCGGCGUGCUCUACGACACGAGUGGACGGGCGAGCAGGAUGUGUCUGUCGGACGGCGUGUGGGCGUCAUCCGCCGACUACUCUGCCUGCCGCCCGCUGCUGCUGCAGGCCCACCCGUGCAGCCCCGGCCCCCCGCCGCCGUCCAGCGCCAGUGUUGAGGCCGCUUCUGCCAUCUACCUGACGGGCUACUCGGCUAGCCUGGUGGCCCUUGUGGCCGCCGUCGCCAUCUUCCGACACUUCAAGGAGUUACGUUGUCCAAGGAAUACCAUCCACACGAAUCUGUUCGUGGCGUGCAUGGUCAAUGACGCACUGUGGAUCACCGUCAUGACCAUUGAGAUGGCAAUGGCAGGCACGACGCCGACCUCGUGCGGUCUCGUCAUCCUGCUGCACUUUUUUCACGUGGCCACUUUCUUCUGGAUGUUUGUGGAAGGCCUCAAUCUAUACAUGAUGGUGGUACAGACCUUCAUGGUGGAUAGAGUAAGAGCUUACCUCUAUCCACUAAUCGGAUGGGGAGCGCCUUUUCUGGUGGUGGCCACUUGGAGCGUCGUAAAGUCCUACACGUCCGGGGAACAGGUGUCAGAGGAGGGCUAUCUCUCGCUGCACAACCUGUGCGUGUCCGCCGAGGGUAACUACUCGUUUGUGCGCGGUCUGGAGCCGCCGCUGGACCAGGCGUUCCUGUCGCAGUGUCCGUGGCUGGAGGAUAGUGAGUGGGACUGGAUCCACAUCGCGCCCUCCCUGAUGGUGCUCGCCUGCAAUGUCGUCUUCCUCGUCAAAAUAAUGUGUGUUCUGAUCACCAAGUUACGCUCCACUAAUUCCUCGGAGGCGCAGCAAUACAAGAAGGCGACCAAGGCGCUGUUGGUGCUGCUGCCGCUGCUUGGCGUCACCUACAUCCUGGUGCUGGUGGCACCGAGCACCAAACACGUCAUCUACUACAUCCAGACGGUGCUGGUCUCCGUACAGGGUCUGAUCGUGUCACUGCUGUACUGUUUCUGCAAUACGGAAGUACAGUCCACGCUCAAGAAGCACUGGUACCGCUGGCGAGGUCGAGCCUACCUGCGUCCAGCCGACAUGCAGCGUACCAGACCGGGAGCACUCACCAGCCGUUUGAAAGCAGCCGGCGAUACCUCGGCGACGGACCUCACCUACACGACAGCGAUGGACAGCGACGCCGUAUAGCUCCGGCGGAG